AUGAAGGCUCGUAGUCUUCAGGAUGAAGGCUCAUUGUCUUCACCACUUUAUCAGAAAUACACAAAAACUUGCAGAUUGGAUGUACUUGAUGUCCUAGGAGACAACAACUUUGUAGAUACUAAAACCGAUGAUAUUCUUGGGAAAGGUUCAGCUGGUAGCAGCCUUGCUUCCAAUUUAGGCAAAAUAGGAAUGAUGGAAAAAGAUCUUGCAGACGCUCUAGAAGAAGGAGGCUGUGAUCUUGAAACUCUGAGAAACAUCAUUCAAGGAAGGAGGUUGCCUGCUGAUCUGAGGGCCAAAGUCUGGAAGAUUGCACUUAAUGUUGUAGGAAAGGGGGACAGCCUGGCAUCCUGGGAUGGCUCUUUAGACCUACCAGAACAGAGUGUAAUACAUAAGGAUUGCCAAGAGCUAAUUGACCAGUUGUCAGUGCCAGAAGAGGAGAAGUCAGUAUUAAUUCUGGAUAUUGAGUCUGUUAUUACUUUUUAUUGUAAAUCACGCAAUGUUAAAUACAGUUCUUGCCUUGGCUGGAUACAUCUACUCAAAUCUCUGGUGCACCUUCGUUUGCCACGGAGUGAUUUGUACAACUGCUUUUAUGCUAUCAUGAAUAAAUUCAUUCCAAGGGAUUGUUUUAUGAAGGGAAGACCGUUUCAUCUAUUUAGACUGCUUCUUCAAUACCAUGAGCCUGAACUCUGCUCCUUUCUUGAUACUAAGAAGAUGACUCCAGACUCAUAUGCACUCAACUGGCUUGGAAGCCUCUUCUCAUAUUACUGUUCAGCUGAAGUCACUCAAGCAAUAUGGGAUGGAUAUCUACAACAAGCAGAUCCAUUCUUUAUUUAUUUCUUAAUGUUAAUCAUCCUUGUCAAUGCAAAAGAUGUUAUCUUAGCACAGGAGUCAGAUAAAGAAGAAAUGAUAAAAUUCUUAGAAACUUCACCAGCUAAUCUCGAUUUGGAGGAUAUAGAAGAUCUCUUCUCUUUGGCACAAUAUUACUGUAGCAAAACUCCAGCUUCUUUCAGGAAGGACAACCACAGUCUUUUCGGCAGCAGCUUGCUGGCCCUCAAAGAUGAUGACACAGACUUGAGCCAGGCUCUCUGUCUAGCAGUUUCUGUGUCUGAGAUUCUUCAAGCAAAUCAGCAACAAGGAGAAGGAGUAAGGUUCUUUGUAGUGGAUUGUCGUCCUGCAGAGCAAUACAAUGCUGGGCAUUUAUCAACAGCUUUUCAUUUAGACUCAGAUUUGAUGCUUCAAAACCCAUCGGAAUUUGCACAGUCUGUAAAAUCCCUAUUAGAAGCACAAAAACAAUCUAUCGAGUCUGGCUCCAUAGCUGGUGGGGAACAUCUCUGCUUCAUGGGAAGUGGCAGGGAAGAAGAAGAUAUGUAUAUGAACAUGGUGCUAGCACACUUCUUACAGAAAAAUAAGGAGUAUGUCAGCAUUGCCAAAGGAGGAUUUAUGGCCCUCCAGCAGCACUUAGCAGAUAUCAAUGUGGAAGGACCAGAAAAUGGAUAUGGCCACUGGAUUGCUAGUACCUCAGGCUCGAGAAGUAACAUAAACUCCUCCGUUGAUGGUGAUUCUCCGAAUGGUUCAAGUGAUGGAAAAGGAGUAAAGUCCCUGGUGAAUAAAAUGACAAUAGCUUUGAAGACUAAAUCUGUGAAUGUGAAAGAAAAGGUUAUUAGUUUUAUUGAAAAUACAUCUACUCCAGUGGACAGACACGUCAGCAGCAGUGACAGAGUAGGAAAGCCCUACCGUGGUGUGAAACCAGUAUUCAGCAUCGGAGACGAAGAAGAAUACGAUACUGAUGAAAUUGAUAGCUCCUCGAUGUCAGAUGAUGAUCGAAAAGAGGUCGUCAACAUCCAAACAUGGAUAAACAAACCUGAUGUGAAGUAUAACUUCUCCUGUAAUGAAGUCAAAGAAAAUGGACAUAUGUUUCCCAGUCAUCUCCUAGUAACAGCAACUCAUAUGUACUGCUUGAGAGAGAUCCCAUCGCGAAAGGGACUGGCUUAUAUACAGUCUCGGCAGGCACUCAACUCUGUAGUCAAAAUCACAUCCAAGAAGAAACACCCAGAACUGAUCACCUUUAAAUACGGAAAUAGCAAUACUUCAGGCAUAGAAAUUCUGGCAGUUGAAAGGUAUUUGAUUGCAAAUGCAGGUGAUGCUACCAAAGCCAUAAAACAACAGAUCAUGAAGGUAUUGGAUGCCUUGGAGAGUUAAUAACUAAAGACUCUGUAGAGAACAGUUUAUAAAGAAGAAGCAACCAAGAUACUGUAUGUGGGCACAAGCUGACUGUUUCCCGACUGAAUACUAACUUAAGAGAAUUUUUAUGUUUGCUGAUGGGAGUGCCUGAGUAGCAGGCUUAAGAUAGGGUAAAUUAUUAUCAAUUUCUGAUCAGGAUUUUGAAUUUUUUGUUUUAUUUUUUUUUGUUUUGAAUAUACGUUCAUUAUAAAGGUCAGUUUGUUUCAUU